ACACUGACACAAAGUGAGAGACAGAGAGCCAAUUGCUGCACCAUACUGCUCUGACAAAAAGAGGAAUUACUUCGGAGCCAUUUCUCACAAUUUUCCAGUUUCAUUUUAACUUUAACUCUUGUUUAUGUCAGUGUCAUAGGCAGAAGGCCAUUCAGUGUUCGGUACCUUCAGAAUGCCUUUCUGGUUGCUCUAGACAGACCCCACCCUUGGGUAUUUUUUUCUGCCAACUGUUUUUUUCUCUCUCUCAGUUUUGUCGUAUUUCAGAUCUGACAGAUCCUCCACCAUGAACAUGGAGCGUGGCAAAUAAAAACAGUUUUGCUGAGGUUAGUGAUGAAAAUCUAACUUUUUUUAACUGCAAAUAUGUAGUUUUACUGAUCUGUAUCAUACAUUACUAUGGAAAUUAUUGGGAUUAAAACAACUAAAAGAUGGUUUUCUUCUUGAAGGUGUAGAUGCUUUGGAUUGAGCCACAAAAGAAAGAAAAAGAGUGCGGACAAGAACGGAAAGGAACCUUUAUAUAUUAGCACCUCUUAUUCUGGGAGAGUUUAUAAAAUUUCUUCAGCUGUGUUGCAUGGGCUGUCCGCCUUGAAGCUCUUCCUGUGUUAAAGGGUGUGGUGCAAAGCAGUGUGUGUGCGCAUGCGGUGAGUCUCUGGAGAGGCAGGAGAGUGCCCAUCAGUCUUCUGAGUCUGCCCACUGUCCGCCGUUGCACCAUGACCACUGCAGUCCAGCCCAAUGAGCUUGUGUUUGAAUUUGCCAGCAACGGAAUGGAUGAAAUCAGCCAGCUCGAUGACCCAUCUGUGUUUCCAGCUGUGAUUGUGGAGCAGGUGCCUGCUGCUGACCUCAUGCAGGUGUACUCAGGGCUAGAGGCUGAUGAAGUCACCAACGGCAUUAUGGUGGACACCAUGCAGGAUGAAGUGGAGGAGAACAUUAUGGUGGGAGAUGUAGGGCUGUCUGAGACUCCAGUCUCUGGAGGAGAAGAUAAUGUAGAGACCAUUGAGGCAGCUGAGGCCUUGUUGAAUAUGGAGUCUCCCAACAACAUCCUGGACGAGAAACGUAUGAUUCACACCUAUGGAGCUCUGCUGGAACCAGACCUGUCCUACAUAUCUUUGCGGCCAGAGCAACUUUCUUCUGACUGCAUGGAUGUCUCUCUGGAUGAAGAAACUUCUUCUAUGGAUGAGAUCCCUCAAAAGAGUCCAUCCAAACCGCAUAGGAAAAAUAAAGUGCGCAAACCUAAAAUCGUGCGCCCUUGUUCCCCUAUCACCAAUCCUUCUCUCCCUCUGAAAAAAAAAAGUAAAGAAGGAAAAGGUAACACAAUUUACCUCUGGGAGUUUUUGCUGGCUUUGCUGCAAGACAAAAACACCUGUCCUAAAUACAUCAAGUGGACGCAGAGAGAGAAGGGUAUCUUUAAACUUGUGGACUCCAAGGCUGUGUCCAAGCUAUGGGGAAAGCACAAAAACAAGCCUGAUAUGAACUAUGAGACCAUGGGAAGGGCCCUUAGGUAUUACUACCAGAGGGGCAUUCUGGCCAAAGUUGAAGGUCAGAGGCUUGUGUACCAGUUUAAAGAGAUGCCCACUGAUCUGGUGGUCAUUGAUGAAGAUGAGGGGCAGUGUGGAGACUCAAGCCAUGGUUAUAGCAACCAGCGCUCCAACUGCCAGAGUCGUGUCAUGAGUCGUGGAGCAUCGCGUGCCCAGGGCAAAGGGUCAGGCUACACGCAAACCAAGGCAGUGAAGAAGGAGCCAGGUGCCAGUGUGCUUUACCAGAAUGCCAAAUGCAAACAAAGUGAACAGUUGCUGCAGACUGUUCAUGUACUGCAGCCAAACCUGGGAGCUGCUGUUCCAGCUCCUACACACCCACUGAGAGCCAUUAAUAUGCCUGCCACUGUUCCCAUGGUGCUUACUUCUGGAUCACAAGGAGGAGCACCAGUCACACUGCAAACGGUGCCUCUAUCCUCUGUCCUGGCGAACAGUGACCCUCUGAAUGGUCUGACCCGUGUGGUUACACUCAAUUCCAAUGGGCAUCCCAUGGUAGCACAGCAGCCUGGUACUGUCAUUGCUACUGUGCUGAAGCCUGGAGAGUUUCAGAACCUACAGUUAAAGGAAGAGAUCCUUGAGACACAGUUCCUGCAGUCCAUGGUCAAUGGCAAUCCAUUCUGUAGGGAGGAAACAGAUGAAGGGUCACCUGAGCUUGGCCAAAGGACCGUGAUUGUUGGUGUUGCUGGCCAGAGCAUGUACCAGCUUGUUAAUGGACACUCAAACACAGAGGCAGAGCUGGCAAGCAGCCCAAGUGAGGGUCUAACACCAGUGGAAGAGCUGGAGGUGAAGAGCGAAAUUGCUGGAGCUAAAGACUUGCUAGAGCGCCCGCAAGUAUCUGUCCCCGUGCAAAUACCAACUUCCCAGUUCAUCCAGCCAAACAGCACAUUGAAGUGUCGACAGAUCGCUGAUUUGAAAAGAAAAAUCCCCAACAGACAGUAGGAUCAAGAAUAUUUUCAGUUAGGAGGAGUGAAGUGUUUGUCUGUGGUUUACUGGCAUCCAGACCGAAAGAAUGCCUUUGUAAAUAGCACAAAUGGAUUGAUUAUAAUAAUAAUGAUGAUCAUUUUUAUACCCUAAUUAAGGUACAAGCAACUGUGUUGUGGACUAACAGACUUUGCCUGAAAACCAAAUGGCUGACACACCAUGUUAUUUUCAAGUCAUAUUACGAAGAUUCUCUAAGGAAUUUUGUGCUCUUAUGGAAAUAGGCAUUACCUAUUUAGAUACCUUUAUAUAUUUACCCAAUAUAGAGACAGUACAAUGACAAGUGAUUUUGUUUAUGGCCACACAUUUAUUUAUUUGAAUUCAUGUCUGUAUAAGAGGUGUAAUUGUUUUAAAAUUUGUAAGAAAUAUUGGGAACAUGAAAAAAGGCAUAUAUGUAUAUGUAUGUUCUAUUACAAGUUGUAUAUUUCAGUUCAAAGCAUUCCACAUACUCAGCACCCCUUUUAUAUUUUAUAAAUUUUUUUAAUGGUACUAUCUUUAUGUAUAUGGAGCUUUAUGUGUUUGUUUUCUGCCUUGGUAUCUACUGUGAUGUUUUCAAGCCUUUAUAUUUACUUAUUUGUUUAAGUUUCUACUCUUAAGCUGACUUACUCGUACUCCAUUACCGUGAGGCAAAAUAAAAUAGUCUUGUUUAAA